UGUGAGGCCUCAAGUUUUACGGGUCGAUCUCGCGCGAAGUUUCGAGAGCACUGGCAGAAUGAGAAACUGGCAAGCAGAUCACCGUGCCAUCAUUGGCUUUCUAUGAGUGACGUCUUCGCGGCCACAAUGCUGCAGGGCUCAAAUAAAGACGCAGGCAGUUUCCAGAGCUUUACUUGGUUUCUACACAUCAAUGAAACUUCCUUGAAUCAUCAAGCCCGAUUCAAACCACCUGGACUUGCAUCAUUCCAGACAAAGAUCACCACUUGGCACAGCUUCAAGACCCGGGAACACGAAGACAAUGUCCGACAAAACAUUCCACGUCACCGGUGAGGACGUUCGCAAGAUGGAGUCGAAGGAGUCGAAAUUCCAUAGUGGCCAGACACCGAGGGACUCGGACACAUCUGCAAUGAAGCAACUCUUCUCAGAACAGGAAUCCAAGCAAGACCAGAUCGAUCGGGUCAAGGCGAAUCUACCACUCCCAGAUCAGCCCGUGGGCGGAGCGAGCGCAGAUCUCCAAUCCGCAGACCAGCGCACGGUGAACGUCGGCAGUGGAGGUGUGAACGUAAAAUUGGGCACGGGCUCGGCUUCUGGGUUGAGAGAACCGGCAACAGCCGAAAGCAGCGUGAGAACAGAUGGGGGGGAAUUCAACAAGGCGACCGAGCCGCCUCGUCCAUAAGGCCACAAAGCGUGCGAGCCUCCAUAAGUGACAGAGACCCCAGAUGGUAGGUGGUAGGUGGUAGGUGGUACUGUAGGUGGAGAAGGAUCAUGACCUAGUCAUCGAAAAAAUGGCAUGGGACAGCAUUGGGAAUCAUACAGAGGAAGGGAACUUCUCUCAGCGGAGUCUGUAUCUUGAAGCGCGUAGCUCGAAAGAUCUCAACAUUGUACAUGGCUCAAAGAGCUCCACGUUUAGCUGUACUUCUGUUCAGUUGAAUCACCUUUGUUCCC